GAAAUGUAAAAUUUUACCACCCACGUAACUGUACCAACCCGUUCUCCCCGUCAGGAUGAAGGGAAAGUUAAUGUUCGCCCUUUGCAACAGCUGUAGUGAAAGUUCGCAACAACAUGAGUGUUGCCAUAUGGAGGAAGAGCGGUCGUUCACCGGGACGUGGGUCAUUGUAGAAGUACUUAAAGCUUGGGAAAAAGGCUACAGGAUAGUGGAAGUGUUUGAAGUGUGGUCUUACGAAACGCGUCAGUACAACCAUGCGGCGGGCCAGCUGGGUUUUUUCACAGAAAUGAUUAAUAAAUUCAUCAAAAUUAAACAGGAAGCUGAAAAAGUGAAACUAACACUGGAACGCAUCGAAAAUAACCCUGGUCUUCGAUCCCUCGCCAAACUAAUGUUGAAUUCGUUCUGGGGAAAGUUUGGACUGUGCGAAAACCAGCCCCAAACAACCAUCGUCAACGAUCCUCAGGAGUGCUUUGAUCUCCUUGCGCAUCCGUCGAAGAACAAACUGUUAAACACGGUUUUUGCACCAAUCAACGACUGGGAUUCGAAAGCAACAACGAAAGAAAGAACUUUUUCACCUCUUUUCCAUGUAUCGAAAUAA